AUGGACUCGAGAGUUUUUGAGGCUGCCCAUUUGGGAAAUAUCAGUGCCAUUAAAGAUUUGAUAGACGAGAAUGCUGACGUUUUGGAGCAGGUCACCAGUUCUAGCAAGAAUUUAGUUCUACAUGUGGCUGCAAGAGCUGGACAGGCAGAUUUCGUGUCUGAGAUUUUGAGGAUCAGACCUCAAAUCUUAUCCUAUCUCAAUAGUGAGCGGGAUACUGCCUUGCACGAAGCUACGAGAGAAGGACACUCGACUGUUGUAAAGGUGCUCUUGGAAAAAGACCAACGCAUUGCUUACAAAGUUAAUCAGGAUUAUGAAACGGCCCUCUUUUUUGCUUGCAAGGCAGGCCACACUCAUGUGGUUAAUGACUUGAUUCAAGUCGCUUCGUUGCUUGCCCUCGACUCGGAAAAACCAGACAGGCUGACGUCUCUUCAUGCUGCAUCAACUAGAGGAUACGCAGACAUAGUAAAGGAGCUGAUUAAGGCAAGACCUGGGCUGGUUGGAAAAGUGGACAAGCAAGGAAGCAGUCCGUUGCAUUCAGCUGCUCCACAUGGCCAUUUGGAAGUAACAAGAGCAUUGUUGACUGCCGACCCAGAGAUUUGCUACAUUCUCGACGGCUCUGGCAGGUCGGCUCUCCAUAUCGCAGCGAUGAAAGGACGGCUCAGCGUUGUUCAUGAAAUACUGUUCUUCAGGCCUGACUCUGCGGAAGUGCUCUCCACGGCCGGUGAAACUUUUUUGCAUUCUGCAGUGGAGGCGAACCAGAUCGAAGUUGUCAAGCACGUGGUUGACCUUCUUGACACGUCCAAGCUUAUCAGGACACAAGACAACGAGGGCAAUACAGUUUUACAUGUUGCCACCAGGAAAAAACUCAAGCAGAUGGUCCGGUGGCUGGUGGUGUGUACGACUAUAAAUGUAAACGCAGUGAACAAACAAGGGUUGACGGCACUGGAUAUCUUGGAGAAAGAGCCGACUCACUCGGGAUCCGCGAUAAUCAGGUCCGCGCUCAAGGAAGUGGAUGCCAAGCGCAGCUACGAGCUCCCUCUGGAGCGCUUCAAGCGAGAUGACUUCGCUCUCAAACGGAGCGUGAGCUCAAUUAAUCACCACGUUCGGGAUCAACAUUUCGAGACGGCCGACACGAGCGACCGAGUGAACUACAUGGCGAAAGAACUGUGGCAGCAGCACAAACAAGCAAUAAACACUGUGACUGUGGUAGCGGUGCUCAUAGCUACGGUGGCCUUCAUUGCCAUGUUCACUGUGUCGAGCGGCCUUAAAAAUGAUGGCGAAUACGAAGGCACUGCUGUAAUGGCACACACUACCGCCUUCCAGGUGUUUGUAAUAACUGACUCCGUGGCGUUAUUCUCGUCGUUGGCGAUAGUUCUGAUUCUGGUGACCGUGGUGCCAUUCCAUAGAAAAGUCUUAAUGAAGCUUUUGUUCUUCAUCAAUAGACUUAUGUGGGUAGCAGUUGGAUGCACUGCCUCGGCUUUUCUUGCUGUAGGUUAUGUGGUGGUGGCCCCCAAGACUAUGUGGGUUGCAAUUGAAAUGUGUGUUAUUGGUGUGGGAAGCAUGGUCUUCAUGUUCACUUCUCUCACCUCGCUCGUUGUUGGCCAUCAGAGGAAGAAAGCCCAAUUCCGGAAAAUGAAGAAGCCUAUAAAUGGUGAAAAUGUGACAAAGUCAAGAUCCAGAGAUCCUGUGACGAUCAUAACUGACGUGGGAGUAGAUGAAUAUGAAGCGAAUUUAGGGGAAACAAGCGAGAGAUUAUCUGGGAGAGGAAACCAUUCUUCUUCUGACUCAGACAUUGAAAGCCCUGAAGGGAACGGGUUCUUUCCAUUGUAG